AGAAGACUUCGCCGCCGCCGCACAGCCGCAGUAUGGGUGGUGGUGGCGAUCGGAGCAGCAGCGGGGAGGAAGACGGAGAUGCCGAGUGGAUGGCAGCCAUAAACUCGGUGAUCUCCUCGGAAGUGCACGCCUCUAAUGGCGCAGCUCAUCAACAGAAAGAUGAAAAGCACAAAUCCAAAGGUCUCAAGCAUUACCAAAUCAAGGCGGGAAGGUUACUGGAUGACCUCUUAGACAAGACUAUAGAAGUGGUAAGAGCUCCUGUUGUGGAGGAAGAUCCAACUCCAGAAGAUGCUGGAGUUCGACUUUUUAGAACUGCUCCUCGUGGAAUAGUGUUUGAUAAAAGAGAAGAGCUCCAUGGACCGAAGAAGAGACCAAAAAUCAUUCCUGGAGAAGAGCUGGAUGAGAAAUCAAAAGAGUUUAGGAAGCAACUUAAAUCAGUUGCUGUUGAUGGAGAACACGUAAUUGCUGCAGCAAGUAGACAGUGCCAGAAGACCUUAGCUAAAAGCGAAGCUUGGGAAAGUGCUGCCAAGGCAGCAGCAAAACAAGAGGAGGAGCGUGUGGCUGAGCUGAAAAAGAUUAGAGGAGAAAGAUGGCUUCCUAGUAUAGCCAGAGAAAUGCGGUUAAAUGCUCAGAAUCGAAGAUAGUUUAUCAUGGCCACUGAUGUGCUGCUGUUAGACUGUUUCUCUCUCCUCUGGUCUGGAGAAUUCAUAUUGUUGUGAUCUCAUAUUGCAUCAAAGUAGACAAACUUUCAUCACAUGGUGAGAUGAGUGUAGAAGAAGAAACAAGGCAGUUUACUCUAGUAGACAAUAUUGAGUUUUGGUA